CCCCGAGGCCUUUAGAUGCGUGCGCUGCGAUAGCGGCGCGCGCUGUCCUCGUGUGGGAUUGACCAAGGACGUCGUACGUGCCGUUCGACGUGACGGCCAUCGGCGUCGGCUCGCCCCUACAUGUUCAACGGCGGGCGGCGAUGACUGUGGCGUAAUUUCGACUAUGCGGGUUGGCUCGAAUCCUCGACGUGGGCCUGGGGACCGGCUGGCUCACGGCUGGAACCCGGGCCCUGGCGCGGGCCCCUUCGGGGGGUCAUGGAGGCCGCCAUUCUGCCUGGGCGUUUUAAAACAUCGCUCUGUUCUCUUCCCCGCUCAGGCUCGAGCGGCGGGUUUAACGCCUGCACGCUCGCCUGGUACUCAGCGGGCUAUGCUUCUUUAUGGACACCAACAUGGACACGUUAUGUUUAAACAACUCACAAAUAUGCUCUUCACAGUAACGGCCGCGCGCUGCCCCACCAGCGCCGCGCCACCACCGUGCUGGGCUCUGGGCCCUAACCCGGAGUCCGCGCGGAUACUAGGCUGACGUCCCCAAAGACUGAAGCUCUGCGGAACAUCGCGCCUCCUACGGAGUGGUGCCGCGUUACGUGGGCCCGGGCCUGGUAUAACAGGCUUGGGCUCACAACUACCAGGUGGCUUCAGUCCGAGUCCUCGCGGACUGCAGCCAUCUAGCACGAUCAGGCCACCCCAAGGCCUGACAGUCGCCGCAUGUGAUCCCCAUGGUGUGCGGCGACUGCGUCGGCACUGGAUCCAAGGGAUCUGGCUUGGGCCGGUAUCGACUUGUGCUACCCAACGAGCUGACGUCCUCAAGGACUGACGCUCGGCGGGGUCUAACGACCCCGCGGCCUCUGGGCGGUGCGGAGGUGGACAAUCGUCCCUCUGUACCACCCAGUCAGACGCUUGUUUUCGGGUACCCACCUGAAGCAUGCUGCGUCGAGGCCCAGGUCCUAGCGGACCAAGCUUGGCGGAGCACUUCCACUCCGCCGGCGGCACCGCACUCAGAAAGCCAUCAUGAUCGGUCGGGUCGGCCCCUCGGGGAGAUCAUGUCGGUCAUCGAUUGAUGGACGAGCGGCGAAGUGUGCUGCUGCUUGCGUCUGGACGCCACAACGUGGGAGGGCAACGAGAGUUCCAGACCACACCGCGCCAAGAGUUAUGCACUUGCCUCGGGAAGACCCACGGAGCACCGUUGGAUAACACCACCCCUCACGGUAACCAAGGACGCCGCACAGUAGCGGUCGAGGCUGUGGGUGGGUCGCACGCGACCGCCUCUCAG